UCCAAUUUGAGUUUUCAUUUUUAGUUUAAAUUGUACUAAAACAGAAAUCUCAAACUGGACAAUAAUUUUGGGACGGAGGAAGUACGCAUUAUGUUUGGAUCCAAAUUGCGAUUUUGAAAACAAAUACUACUACAAUUUGAACAAAAUUCAUUUAACUCCAAAAUAACUGAAAAGAAAAGAGACAAAAGGAAAGAGGCCAUUUGGCAUUGAUCGUAGUUCAAAAUUCAAAGUGUAAAGCCCAAAAAGGCAACAAACAAUGGCCUUAAAGCUGAAAAACAGUCAAAGAAACGGUCCCUUUCCCCACUCAAAUCCCCCCAAACACCUUUUUUUUCCCUCCCUUCUCUUCUCAUUUUUCAGCUCAGUUCAGAAUAUCCUUUGUAGUACGAAAGCAGCAAAUCUCUCCCCUGCUUCCUUCUCCGUUCAAAUUGAUACUGAACAAAUAAAGUGACGGCAUCUUUCCUUCAAGAAUCUCACCCGCAAAUCCUACCUCAAAGAGAAGAGGUUGAAAGUAGUAAAAGGGAUGGGAAAAGACAAGGAAAACCAGAAUGAAAACGAGAACAAGAAAACGCCCAUUACAGUGAAGGGCAUCCCAACUCACGGUGGGAAAUAUGUAGAGUAUAAUGUUCUGGGAAAUUUGUUUGAGGUCACCUCCAAUUACAUCCCUCCAAUUCUACCCGUUGGCUGCGGCGCUUAUGGAGUCGUUUGUUGUGCUACGAAUUCUGAGACGAAGGAACCAGUUGCAAUAAAGAAAAUUGGAAAUGCAUUUGACAACAGGAUUGAUGCCAAGCGGACCCUUCGUGAGAUUAAGCUUCUUACCCAUAUGGAUCACGAAAAUAUUAUCAAAAUUAAGGAUAUAAUCGCGCCACCAGAAAAAGACAAUUUUAAUGAGGUUUACAUUGUUUAUGAGUUAAUGGAUACUGAUCUCCAUCAGAUAAUAUGCUCCUCCCAACCACUCACUGAAGAUCACUGCCAAUAUUUUAUGUACCAAUUGUUAAGGGGGCUGAAGUAUGUACACUCUGCUAAUGUGCUGCACCGAGAUAUCAAGCCCAGCAAUCUGCUUCUUAAUGCAAAUUGCGACUUGAAGAUAUGCGAUUUUGGCCUUGCUAGGACCACCUCAGAGACAGACUAUAUGACAGAGUAUGUUGUAACUCGAUGGUAUCGAGCUCCCGAGUUGCUUCUCAAUUGUUCAGAUUACACUGCAGCAAUUGAUAUUUGGUCAGUGGGGUGCAUCUUGCUGGAGAUAUUCAAAAGGGAACCUAUUUUUCCUGGCCGAGACUAUGUCCAGCAAAUGGGGCUGAUAAUGGAGCUAUUAGGUUCCCCAGAUGAUUCAGAUCUUGAAUUUAUACGUAGCGAGACUGCCAGGAAGUAUGUGAAGAAGCUUCCAAAUUUUCCAAAGAGGCCAUUUUCCGAUAAGUUUCCAGAUGUAUCUCCUGUUGCUCUUGAUCUCGCAGAGAGAAUGCUAGUAUUUGAUCCAGCUAAAAGAAUAACUGUUGAAGAAGCACUAAACCAUCCAUUCCUGUUAUCUCUGCACGAGAUCAACGAGGAGCCUACUUGUACAUCCCCUUUCAACUUUGAUUUCGAAAAGACAUCAUUGAGCGAAGAAGAAGUGAAGGAGCUUAUCCUGAUAGAGACCUUAAAUUUCAACCCGGAUAAGAAGGCAUCAUGAUGUAUACAAGUUUGCCUUUUCCCCUUCACAUUGUUGCGAGUUUUGAGUGAUUUUGAGAGCUUGGGUGGUGUAUACAAGAAACAGAAACUUUAUAGAGAUAUUACAUUAAGACAGUGAUGAUGAGAAAUCCUCCUUUUCUUGAGGCUGUUUAUGUUUCUGUGCUGUGUCAGUGUGUAUAGAAAUAUAAGCAAAUGUGUGUAUAAUCUGGUUUGGCAUUUGUCUCCUUGAUGAACAGUCCAUUAAAGGAAGAAGGUUUUGCCAUUGCGUUCUUCUCCUACUUACAAUGAAUUUCAACGAUCUUGAUAACCUAACUUCAAAUUUGAAUG